AUGGUAUCUCUUCCUUUUACUCUCAAAAACGAGUCGCUGUUGCACACUAAAGCAUACAGCCACGGAGAGUGGAUCGAUGCAGCCUCAGGGGAAACCUUUAAUGUAGAAGACCCUGGUACUGGCAAGACAUUUGCCUCUUGCGCUGACCUAGGACCGGAAGAUGUGGACGCUAUUAUCCAGUCCUCCCAGGCAGGAUUUAAAAAGUAUCGGCAUUUAAACCCUCGCACUCGUGCCCAAUUAUUGUUGAAAUGGCAUGAGCUCAUCAUGGAGAAUCGUGAUGAUAUUGCGACUAUCCUGACUUACGAAACUGGAAAACCACUGGCAGAAGCAUAUGGUGAAAUUGACUAUGCGACCAGAUUCACCUGGUGGUUUGCGGGAGAAGCCGAGCGUAUCCGUGGAGACAUCAGUACUCCCGCUGCACCAAACCGUAGAGUCCUGGUCAUUAAGCAGCCCAUUGGAGUAUGCGUCGCGCUAGUUCCUUGGAACUUCCCUAUUGCUAUGAUUCUUCGAAAGGUCGGCGCCGCUCUUGCUGCUAGGUGCACGAUGAUCGCGAAGCCCUCUCCAGAAACUCCAUUGACUACCCUGUCUCUCGCAUAUCUUGCGGAGCAGGCUGGUUUUGACAAGGGUAUUUUCAAUGUGGUUACAACCUCGAACAAAAAUACACCAGCCGUCUCUGAAGCGCUCUGCAAGCAUUCCCUGGUUCACAAGGUUUCAUUCACAGGAUCCACCAAUGUUGGCAGCAUCAUUGCCAAUCAUUGCUCUGUUGGAUUGAAGAAGGUGACACUUGAGCUCGGUGGUAACUGCCCCUUCAUUAUUUUCGAUGACGCGAAUCAAGACCAGGCGCUCUCUCAGCUUCAAACGCUCAAAUGGCGCCACGCCGGCCAGGCAUGCGUCACUGCCAAUCGUAUUUAUGUCCAAGAAGGUAUCUAUGAAGAGAUUAUAGCCAAGAUGGUUGCUCAUGCAAAGAGUUUACAAGUGGGCCAUGGCAGUGGCGCAUCCGUGAACAUGGGACCUCUCACCACCUCAAGAAGUGUUGACAAGGCCACCCGACAGGUCAAGGAUGCGGUCCAACGCGGUGCAAAGGUUGUCCAUGGUGGAAAUCCUGGUGCUGGUGGUGGAUAUUUCUUUGAGCCGACUAUUCUACGUGACAUGGAUGGAACCAUGAGUAUCACCCACGAGGAGAGCUUUGCCCCCAUUGCAGCUGUCUACAAGUUCAAGACGGAAGAUGAGGUUUUGAAGCUUGCCAAUGAUAGCGAAAUGGGCCUGGCGAGCUAUGUGUUUACGAAGAACAUCGAUCGUACGUGGCGAAUGAUGGAAAAGCUGGAGGCAGGAAUGAUUGGUGUCAACACCGGAAAUUCCUCUGCCGCAGAGUCUCCCUUUGGCGGAAUGAAGAUGUCCGGUUAUGGCAAAGAGUCUGGCAAAGAUGUUGCAGUGGCGGAAUAUCUUGUCUCUAAAACCUGUACUAUGACUAUUGAAGAUGGGUCGGAGUAA